GGUGUGCACAAACAAAACAUUCCGCUGGCAACUCCAUGGCCGAUCCUCUGCGUCUGAUCUUAACUCCUCUUCCCCACCCUCCCCUCCUCUUCCGCUGGCAACAGGGUAGCCUGCUCCAUCGCCGACCGAUCCUCUGCGUCUGAUCUUAACUCCUCUUCCCCACCCUCCCCGGAAAAUGGCUUCCAAUAUCUUGAGAAAGGCUCCCACAAGAUCGAUGCUUUUCUCUCUACGUCGUCUUCUUCCCUCCUGCAACACAACGACUCUUCGUUCCUCUUCCCUCCAUUUCUUUCGCGGUUUCUCCUCACAUCGAUCUCCAGAUCACACAGAACAGGAGUUCGUUGAAGACCACCUGUUCGACACCCACGGUUCGGUUUCGCUCAAGAGCGAACCUGCCGCCAUUGGGGAUCCGUGUGCUGAAGAUGAAGCCGUCGCCAGCGAGACUUUGGGCGCCCAGGAGGAGUCGUUAUUUCGGGCUAAGGAAGAAACGAGGCUGAGAGGUAAACCCCGAACCCCAGAAAAUGUUGGCGCCCUUAUCUGUAGAAUGAUGUCUAAAAGGGCUUGGACGACUAGGUUGCAGAACUCAAUUAGGUCACUUGUCCCCGAGUUUAAUCAAGAACUGGUCCUGAGUGUCUUGGAUGGAGCUAAAAACUAUGAACAGGCUCUAAAUUUCUUCCGGUGGGUUGAGAAGACCGGCUUUCGACAUGACCGGUCGACCUACCUCAAAAUGGUUCAGAUCCUUGUCAAAGACCGGAAGCACAACCACCCCAGGUGCAUUAUUUUUGAUAUGCAGAAGAAGGGUGUUGAAUGGGAUGAGCAGUUCUUCAUCGAGCUCAUGAAUAGUUAUGCAAAAGCCGGGAUCGUUCAGGAAGCUGUCAAGAUUUUCCAGAAAAUGAAAGACUUGGGGGUCAAGCGCACUGUUAUAUCGUAUAACAAUUUAUUCGACGUCAUUCUGAAACGUGGCCGGACGUUCAUGGCGAAACGUUACUUCAACGCUAUGUUGCGUGAUGGUGUGACCCCCAAUCUCGUUACAUAUACCGUCCUGAUCUGGGGGUUCUCUUUGUCGUCCAAAAUGGAGACAGCAAAGCGAUUUUUCGACGAUAUGAAGACCAGGGGCCUCGUUCCUGAUGUCGUUUGUUAUAAUACCAUUAUCAAUGGAUUUUGUAGGUCCAAGAACAUGGAAGAGGCCGAGAAAUGUUUGGCGGAGAUGAAGGGUAAUGGGUUGAAACCUGAUAUUGUCACUUUUACGUCAUUGAUCAAAGGGUAUGCUGCCUCCGAUCGGGUUGAUGAGGGGCUAAAGUUGUUUAAUGAAUUGGGCAGCCAUGGAGUGAAGCCUAAUGUUCGGACGUACGUUUCCUUGUUGCCUUACCUAUGUGAGAGAGACAGGAUGACCGAGGCCCAUAAGCUUCUAAAUGAGAUGGUGAAGAAACGUUUUGUACCGAACGACCGUUCAAUAUUUAUAUCAAUGAUGGCUGGUCACUGUAAAUCAGGUCAUGUAGAAAAAGCUUUUCAGGUGUUGAGGGCCAUGGAUAAAUUGCAGGUGCAUGCUGAACCAAUGCAUUACAGUAUGUUGUUUGAAAACUUCUGCAAAGCAGGGAAGCCUAAGAAAGCUGUUGAGCUUUUGGAUGAGGUUUUGAAUAAGGGGUUACUGUUGAUUCCAGUAACAAGUUACACACUGGAACCCAGAAGUAAUUCUACGAUGGAACCUAGUGCUUAUAAUCCAGUGAUUAAAUACCUGUGUGAAAAUGGGCAGACACAAAAAGCAGAAAUCUUUCUGCGGCAGCUGAUGAAGUGUGGUAUCGAGGAUUCAACCCCUUUCAAUAACUUGGUUAUGGGCCACUCAAAGGAAGGAAUGCCGGAAGCUGCUGUUGAGCUCCUCAAGAUCAUGAAUAGACGAGGAAUUUCUCCUGAUUCACAUGCGUAUUGCCUGCUUGUGAAGAGUUUCCUCGAGAAAGGAGAUCCAGCAGAAGCUAAAAUUUCACUUGAUGGUAUGAUUGAAAGUGGUCAUUUGCCAAGCGCCUCCUUGCUCAGGGAAGUAAUGGAGAGCCUUUUCAAUGAUGGCAGAGUUCAGACAGCAAGUAGAGUCAUGAAAAGUAUGCUGGAGAAGGAUGUAAGAGAAAACUUGGAUAUAGUCGCUAAGAUUCUGGAGGCCCUUCUUAUGCGUGGACAUGUUGAAGAGGCUCUUGGACGGAUUGUGCUGAUGACAAACAAGGAAUGUCCAGUUGACAUAGACCAUCUUCUGGAUGUGCUCUGCAAGAAGGAUAAGACCAUUGCUGCUGUCAAAUUGCUUGAUUUUGCUUUGGAGAGGAAUUACAGUGUCAGAUUCUCAAGCUAUGAUUUGGUUUUGGAUGCUCUAUGUUCAGCUGGGAAGACUCUAACUGCAUAUGCUAUACUAUGCAAGAUCUGUGAGAGAGGAGGAGCCGCAAACCAAAUUGGCUGCAAGGCCCUGAUUAAGAGUUUAAAUGCAGAGGGGCACACAAAACAGGCUGAUAUUCUUUCAAGAAUGAUUCUCGGAAAAGAUUCCAGCUCCAAGAAAGCAAAUAAAGGUGCAAAAAUUUCAUUGUAAUCAGUACAGUAGCUUUUAAAAUUUUCUGUCAAUUUAAUUUGCAUGGUUAAUUUGUGAGCCCAUCACGUAGCAUGAAGAGAAUCUAUGACUUUUGUUUUGAGAAAAUGACGGUCAAGCAGAGGUUGCCUGUGUUACUCAAUCUAUGCUCCUCAAACUUGGUUUUUCUUGA